AUGCGGAGAAACGCCAGACAAGCUGAAGCGACCAAAAGGCAGGUACUGUUUCCCUUCCUGCUGUCUUUGUUCUGCGGGGCCUUCUCCCAGCAGAUCCGCUACACGAUUCCUGAAGAGAUGGCCAAGGGCUCGCUGGUGGGAACCCUCGCCAAGGAUCUGGGGCUCAGCGUUCAGGAGUUGCCAGCUCGAAAAUUUCGAGUUAGUUCAGAGGAGGAUUAUUUCAAUGUCAGCGCGGAGAGCGGGGAUCUGUUAGUGAGCGGUAGGAUAGAUCGAGAAACGAUUUGCGACAGGAAAUCUGAAUGUGCACUAGAAUUUGAAACGGUCGCUGAAAACCCAAUGAAUAUUUUCCAUGUAGUUGUUGUAAUCCAAGAUAUUAACGACAAUGCACCACGUUUCGUUGCAAAAAGUAUUGACUUGGAAAUCUGUGAAUCAGCCUUACCAGGGGUGAAAUUCUCUCUGGAUGCUGCCCAAGACGCAGAUGUAGGAAGUAACUCACUGAAGUCAUACACUACCAACCCCAAUCAACAUUUCUCGGUGUCAACAAAAGAAAGUCCUGACGGAAGUAAAUACCCAGAAUUACUCCUGGAAAAACCUCUGGACAGGGAACAGCAGAGCUCCUAUCGCUUAAUGCUGAUUGCCAUGGACGGCGGAAACCCGUCUCUAAGCGGCACCACCCAGAUCCGAAUCCAGGUCACCGACGCCAAUGAUAAUGCUCCGGUGUUUAGCCAGGAGGUGUACAGAGCUAUCCUCCAAGAAAACGUGCCCCUAGGCACCUCUGUGCUGCGGGUGACGGCCACAGACCAGGACGAGGGCGCUAAUGCUGAGAUCACGUAUACUUUCCUCAGUGCCCCUACAAGUGCCAGCCUCCUCUUCAGACUCAAUCCAAAUACUGGUGACAUCACAACCAAUGGUACAUUGGACUUUGAACAAACAAGGAGGUAUGUGUUGGGUGUAGAAGCCAAGGACGGAGGGGUCCACACGGCUCACUGUAACGUUCAGAUUGAAAUUAUUGAUGAGAAUGACAAUGUCCCAGAGGUGACAUUCAUCUCCUUUUCUAACCAGAUUCCUGAGGACUCAGACCUUGGAACAGUAAUAGCUCUCAUUAAAGUGCGGGACCAGGAUUCUGGGCAAAAUGGUCUAGUGAUAUGUUAUAUUCAGAAAGACUUGCCCUUCAAAUUAGAAUCCACCUCCAAGAAUUAUUACAAAUUGGUGAUUGACAGAGCCCUGGAUCGGGAGGAGACAGCAGAGUAUAAUGUCACCAUCACAGCUACUGACAGGGGCAAGCCACCCCUCUCCUCCAGUACAAGCAUCACCCUGCACAUUGCAGACGUCAACGACAACGCACCAGCUUUUCACGAGGCCUCCUACGUGGUUCACGUGGCUGAGAACAACCCGCCCGGUGCCUCCAUCGCGCAGGUCAGCGCCUCCGACCCUGAUCUUGGACCCAAUGGCCAUAUCUCCUACUCCAUAGUGGCCACCGACCUGGAACCUCAGGCGCUGUCAUCCUACAUGUCCGUGAGCGAGCAGAGCGGGGUGGUGUUCGCGCAGCGCGCCUUCGACCACGAGCAGCUGCGCGCCUUCGAGGUGACGCUGCAGGCGCGUGACCGGGGCUCGCCCGCGCUCAGCGCCAACGUGAGCCUGCGCGUGUUGGUGGACGACUGCAACGACAAUGCUCCGAGAGUACUGUACCCAGCGCUGGGAACCGACGGCUCUGCACUCUUCGACACAGUACCGCGUGCUGCACAGCCGGGCUAUCUGGUCACCAAGGUGGUGGCGGUGGACGCAGACUCUGGGCACAACGCCUGGCUAUCCUACCACGUGCUGCAGGCCAGCGAGCCCGGACUCUUCAGCCUGGGGCUGCGCACGGGUGAGGUGCGCACAGCACGUGCUUUGGGAGACAGAGAAGCGGCCCGCCAGCGCCUGCUGGUCGCUGUGCGCGAUGGAGGACAACCGUCCCUCUCAGCCACAGCCACGCUACACCUGGUCUUCGCAGACAGCCUGCAGGAGGCGCUGCCAGACCUUAGCGAUCGCUCUGAGCCCUCUGACUCGCAGUCUGAGCUGCAGUUUUAUCUGGUGGUGGCUUUGGCUUUGAUCUCCGUGCUCUUCCUCCUCGCGGUGAUUCUGGCCAUCGCCCUGCGCCUGCAACGGUCCUCCAGCCCCGCCGCCAGAGGCUGCUUCCAGCCUGGUCUCUGCUCCAAGUCGGAACCUGGGGUUCUCCCCAACUACAGCGAGGGGACAUUGCCCUAUUCCUACAAUCUGUACGUUGCUUCACAAUCGGCUAAAACAGAACUUAAUUUUCUCAACGUGACCCCAGAAAUGGUUCCUCCUCAGGAUCUUUUGUGUGACGAUCCUUCUACAGUUGUACAUGCCAGUAAUGAAGACAACAAAAUCACUUAUGACCCUUCUUAUUCCUCUCACGAGGAGACAAGACAAUCAAAUUCAAAUCAAACCACAGGAUUUCUGCAACAUAAACCACUGGUUCUGGGGCUUGACGGAAGCUUCAAGCUGGACUUUUGGGUGUUCCUGUAUCCAGAGACGAAAGCGCAUUAUCUUGGACCCGGAAAUCCUGGGGCUUCUCCAGCCUCCACAGAGGGAAAGCUGAAGCGCACACUGUUUCGCGGCUGGGCUGUAAUGGCGGCUCCCCUUUAUCUCCCAGGCUGUAGCGGGCAGAUCUGGAUCUGCGUUCUCCUGGGGGCCCUGUGGGAAAUUCGCGCGGAGCAGAUCCGCUACUCGGUGCCUGAGGAGCUGGACAAAGGCUCUUUUGUAGGGAACGUCGCCAAGGACCUGGGACUGGAGCCCCUGGAGCUGGCAGAGCGUGGAGUCCGCAUCGUCUCCAGAGGUAGGACCCAGCUCUUUGCUCUGAACCCGCGAGGCGGCAGCUUGAUCACUGCGGGCAGGAUAGACCGGGAGGAGCUCUGUGACAGAUCUCCAAAGUGUGUAGCAAACCUGGAGAUUCUGCUUGAGGACAAAGUGAAGAUUUUUGGAGUAGAAGUGGAAAUAAUCGAUGUUAAUGAUAACGCGCCCAGCUUUGGGAAAGAGGAUAGAGAAAUAAAAGUGGCUGAAAAUGAAAAUCCUGGGACAAGAUUUCCUCUUCCUGAAGCUUUUGAUCCGGAUGUAGGGAUAAACUCCCUGCAGGGUUACCAGCUAAGCUCAAAUGAUCACUUCUACCUGGAUGUACAAAGCGGAGCGGAUAGGAUUAAGUACCCGGAACUAGUGCUGGAGCGCGCCCUGGAUCGCGAGAAAGAGCCCGUGCACCACCUCGUCCUCACCGCCUCAGAUGGGGGCAACCCCGUUCGCUCUGGCACUGCCAGGAUUCAUGUGAAACUUAUAGAUACCAACGACAACGCCCCGGUAUUCACUCAACCUGAGUAUCACGUGAGCGUUCGUGAGAAUGUACCAGUGGGCACCCGGCUACUCACUGUGAAAGCCACUGAUCCAGAUGAAGGAGUCAAUGGAGAAGUGACAUAUUCUUUCCGGAAAGUGAGAGACAAAAUAUCCCAGCUCUUCCAGUUGAAUUCUCUGACCGGCGACAUAGCAAUAUUGGGGGAUCUAGAUUACGAGGACUCUGGAUUCUAUGACAUAGAUGUAGAAGCUCAUGAUGGACCCGGUCUCCGAGCCAGGAGUAAGGUGCUGGUGACAGUUCUGGAUGUAAAUGACAAUGCUCCAGAAGUCACAGUUACAUCACUCACUAGCUCAAUCCAAGAAACUUGCCCCCCAGGCACAGUCAUUGCACUUUUCAAUGUGCAUGAUGGUGACUCAGGACAGAAUGGCCUUGUAACAUGCUCAGUUCCAGACAAUCUGCCAUUCACACUUGAGAAGACCUAUGGAAAUUAUUAUAGGUUGUUGACACACAGAACUCUGGACAGGGAAGAAGUCUCAGAAUAUAACAUCACCAUAACUGCCACUGACCAGGGUACUCCACCACUGUCUACGGAAACUCACGUCCUGCUGCAGGUGGCAGACAUCAAUGACAAUCCACCCACCUUCACGCAUGCCUCCUACUCUGCCUACAUUCCUGAAAACAACCCCAGAGGUGCCUCCUUCUUCUCCUUGACUGCCCAGGACCCUGACAGCAGUGAGAAUGCCCAAGUCACUUACUCUUUGGCUGAGGACACCCUCCAGGGGAUGCCUCUGUCUUCUUACAUCUCCAUCAACUCCAACACUGGGGUCCUAUAUGCCCUUCGCUCCUUCGACUAUGAGCAGUUUCGGGAUUUACAACUGCAGGUUACUGCCAGCGACAGUGGGGAGCCACCACUCAGCAGCAACGUGUCCUUGAGCCUGUUUGUGCUGGACCAGAACGACAAUGCGCCUGAGAUCCUGUACCCGGCUGUUCCCACUGAUGGUUCCACCGGAGUGGAACUGGCUCCCCACUCUGCAGAGCCUGGUUACUUGGUGACCAAAGUGGUGGCUGUGGACCGUGACUCUGGACAGAAUGCCUGGCUGUCCUACCGUCUGCUCAAGGCUAGCGAGCCAGGGCUCUUCGCGGUGGGGGUGCACACAGGCGAGGUGCGCACUGCCCGGGCCAUGUUGGAUAGAGACGCACUCAAGCAGAGCCUCGUUGUGGCUGUCCAGGACCAUGGCCAGCCCCCUCUAUCGGCCACCGUCAUGCUCACAGUGGCAGUGGCCGACAGCAUUCCCGAUGUCCUAGCUGAUCUGGGCAGCAUUAAGACGCCGGCUAACCCAAAUGAUUCAGGCCUCACGCUGUACCUAGUAGUGGCCGUGGCCGCCGUCUCCUGCAUCUUCCUCGCCUUCAUCAUCGUGCUGUUGGCAUUCAGGCUGCGUCGCUGGCACACCACGCGUCUGCUCCAGGCUUCAGGCGGUGGGCUGGCGGGUGUGUCAGCCUCUCAGUUUGUGGGCAUGGAUGGGGUGCGGGCUUUCCUCCAGACCUACUCCCAUGAGGUCUCCCUCACCGCAGAUUCAAGGAAGAGUCACUUGAUCUUUCCCCAGCCCAACUAUGCUGAUACCCUCAUUAGUGCAGAGAGCUGUGAGAAAAGUGAACCUCUUCUGGUGACCCAGGAUUUUCUUGAAACAAAAGGAGAACCCAAUCAGGAGCACCACACCGAGAAGGCCAAUUCAGCUUCGGAUACAAGCAGAAGUGACCCUAGUCUGGAUUCUACCACCCACCGCAGGCUUAUUCCUCCUGGCAAAGAACGGCUCAGCAGCGGAGGAAGACAGAGGAUGAGACCGAGCGCGGAGCGGAGCAGGCCGGCGGGGCGGCGGCAGGUACUGGUGCCUUUCCUACUGUCUUUGUUCGGCGGGGCUCUCCCGGACCAGAUCCACUAUUCAAUUCCAGAGGAACUGGCCACGAACUCGGUAGUGGGGAACCUCGCCAAGGAUCUGGGAUUCCAUGUCCGGGACUUGCCGGCCCGGAAGCUAAGGGUUAGUGGUGAGAAAGAAUACUUCACUGUAAACCAGGAGAGCGGGGACUUACUUGUGAGUGGCAGGAUAGACCGAGAGCAGAUUUGCGGGAAGAAGCCUCUGUGCGUUCUGGAUUUUGAUGCUGUCGCUGAAAACCCGCUAAAUAUUUUCCAUGUUGCAGUACUUGUGCAGGAUAUAAAUGACAACACUCCAGUAUUCAAACAGAAUCAUAUUGAUUUAAAAAUUGUAGAAUCCAGUCAGCCAGGUUCAGCAUUUCCGCUAGACCCCGCUCUGGAUUCAGAUGCUGGUCCUAAUUCACUGCAAAGAUACCAUCUUAAUGAUAAUGAGUACUUUGAUCUCUUAGAGAAACAGACUCCAGAUGGACGUAAAUAUCCGGAGUUGAUUCUAAAACAUUCUCUGGACAGAGAAGAGCAGAAUUACCAUCAGUUGGUCCUCAGGGCAGUAGACGGCGGGGACCCACCCCAAAGCGGCACCACCCAGAUCCGAAUCCAAGUCACUGACGCCAACGACAAUCCGCCGGUGUUCAGCCAAGACUUGUAUAGGGUCAGCUUGCGGGAGGACAUGCCCCCGGGCACCUCGGUACUGCAAGUGACAGCCACCGACCAGGAUGAGGGCGUCAAUGCAGAAAUCACCUACUCCUUUCAUAAUGUGGACGAACAAGUGGCACACUUUUUCCAUUUAGACGAAAGAACAGGGGAAAUCACAACAAAAGAUUAUUUGGAUUUUGAAGUUGCUAAUUCUUACACUCUGAGAUUAGAAGCGAAAGAUCCUGGAGAUCUAGCAGCCCAUUGCAGCAUCCAGGUCGACAUUGUCGAUGAGAACGACUGCGCACCUGAGGUGACCGUGACUUCGGUAUUCAGUCCCCUACCGGAAGAUGCACCUCGAGGAACAGUGAUCGCCUUGAUCAAAACGCGAGACAGAGACUCUGGAGAAAAUGGAGAAGUGUAUUGCCGCGUUUUUGGAGAUGGCGAAUUUAAAUUGAAAUCUUCCUCGAAGAACUAUUACAAAUUAGUGACAGAUGGCGUCCUGGACCGCGAGCAGAUCCCACAGUACAACAUCACCAUCACAGCUACUGACAGGGGCAAGCCACCCCUCUCCUCCAGUACAAGCAUAACCCUGCACAUUGCAGACGUCAACGACAACGCACCAGCUUUUCACGAGGCCUCCUACGUGGUUCACGUGGCUGAGAACAACCCGCCCGGCGCCUCCAUCGCGCAGGUCAGCGCCUCCGACCCUGAUCUUGGACCCAAUGGCCAUAUCUCCUACUCCAUAGUGGCCACCGACCUGGAACCCCAGGCGCUGUCCUCCUACGUGUCUGUGAGCGAGCAGAGCGGGGUGGUGUUCGCGCAGCGCGCCUUCGACCACGAGCAGCUGCGCACCUUCAAGCUAACGCUGCAGGCGCGUGACCAGGGCUCGCCCGCGCUCAGCGCCAACGUGAGCCUGCGCGUGCUUGUGGACGACCUCAACGACAACGCGCCCAGGGUGCUGUACCCGAUGCUAGGACCCGACGGCUCUGCACUCUUCGACACAGUACCGCGUGCUGCACAGCCGGGCUAUCUGGUCACCAAGGUGGUGGCGGUGGACCCAGACUCUGGGCACAACGCCUGGCUAUCCUACCACGUGCUGCAGGCCAGCGAGCCCGGAAUCUUCAGCCUGGGACUGCGCACGGGUGAGGUGCGCACAGCACGCGCCUUGGGCGACAGGGACGCAGCCCGCCAGCGCCUGCUGGUUGCUGUGCGCGAUGGAGGACAGCCACCCCUGUCGGCCACAGCCACGCUGCUCCUAGUCUUCGCUGACAGUCUGCAAGAGGCUCUGCCAGACCUCAGCGACCGGCCUGCGCCUUCUGACCCCCAAGCUGAGCUGCAAUUUUACCUGGUCUUGGCUUUGACCUUGAUCUCUGUGCUCUUCCUCCUCGCUGUGACUCUGGCUAUUGCCAUGCGCCUGCGACGUUCCUCCAGCCCUGCCUCUUGGGGCUGUAUUCAGCCGAGACUCAGCUCCAAGUCUGGGCCUGGGGUUCUCCCCAACUACAGUGAGGGUACAUUGCCCCAUUCCUACAAUCUGUGUAUUGCAUCACAAUCGGCUAAAACAGAAUUUAAUUUUCUCAGCGUGUCUCCAGGGUCAGUGCCCACUCAGGAUCUCCUCUGCGAUGAUGCCUCUUGGGCACCUAGUACAAAUCAUGGCGACACUGGGGUACCAUUUGCCUCAGACACAAUUUUAGAGGUUUCCGCCAGGGAAUGUAUUCCCCUCGACCCUAGAGAAAUAAGGAAAACAAAAAGCAGAAACCAAGACUUAAGAGAAAAUCCAGGCGAAGAGAAAGCAAUGGUGGAUUCACUGAGGCCCUGGGACUGCAGAGAGCCGCUGCUACUCUUCUUUCUCCUGGGGACCCUGCUGGGGGUGGGAAACGGGGCCGGGCAGAUCCGCUACUCGGUGCUUGAGGAGUUGGACAAAGGCUCUUUCGUGGGCAACAUCUCCAAGGAUCUGGGCCUGAAGCCCCGGGAGCUGGCAGAGCGCGGAGUCCGCAUCAUCUCCAGAGGUAAGACGCAGUUUUUCUCUCUGAACCUGGGAAGCGGCAGCUUGGUUACUGCAGGCAGGAUAGACCGGGAGGAGCUCUGCGCUCAGAGCGCGCGCUGUCUGGUGACCUUUAACAUCUUGGUUGAGAAUAAAAUGAAAAUAUAUGGAGUAGAAGUAGAAAUUAUCGAUAUUAAUGAUAACUCCCCACGCUUCCGGGAUGAGGAAUUAAAAGUAAAAAUUAAUGAAAAUGCUGCUUUGGGAACGCGGUUAGUGCUUCCCUUCGCACGAGAUCCAGAUGUGGGUGUGAACUCUCUCCAGAGCUACCAGCUCAGCUCCAAUAUGCACUUCUCGCUGGACGUGAAAAGCGGAACUGAUAAGCACAAGUACCCAGAGCUGGUGCUGGAUCAGCCCUUGGACCGUGAGAAGGAGGCAGUUCACGAACUACUCCUCACGGCUGUAGAUGGCGGAAACCCCAUCCUCUCUGGCACCACUCACAUCCGCGUGAUGGUGCUUGACGCAAACGAUAACGCGCCUGUGUUCACGAGACCGGAGUACACAGUGAAUGUCCCAGAGGACAUACCUGUGGGCACGCGGCUGCUAACGCUAACCGCCACAGACCCGGACGAGGGAGUCAAUGGGAAAUUGACCUAUUCUUUUCGCAAUGAAGAAGACAAAAUUUCAGAGACUUUCCAACUUGAUUCCAGCCUGGGGGAAAUCUCAACUCUGCAACCACUGGACUAUGAAGACUCCAGCUUCUACCUAAUGGAAGUGGAAGCUCAGGAUGGAGGGGCUCUUCUUGCUAGCGCCAAGGUGCUGGUCACAGUACAAGACGUGAAUGACAACGCCCCGGAGGUGAUCCUCACCUCUCUCACCAGUUCCAUCUCUGAAGACUGUCUUCCCGGAACUGUAAUCGCUUUAUUUAGCGUACACGAUAGUGAUUCUGGAGAGAAUGGUGAGAUUUCAUGUUCUAUCCCCAGGAACUUGCCCUUUAAGUUAGAAAAGUCCGUUGAUAAUUACUAUCACUUAUUGACAACGACAGCCCUGGACAGAGAAGAGACUGCAGAUUAUAACAUCACAGUAACAGUCACUGACCGUGGAACCCCAUCCCUGUCUACUGAAACUCAUAUCUCGAUCAAAGUGGCAGAUAUCAACGACAACCCACCGGCCUUCUCUCACACCUCCUAUUCCACUUACAUUCCAGAAAACAACUCGAGAGGCGUCUCCAUCUUUUCUGUCACCACCCAGGACCCAGACAGCGGAGAGAAUGCCAGGGUCAUUUACUCCUUGAGCGAGGACACCCUCCAGGGGGCGCCCCUGUCUUCCUAUGUCUCCAUCAAUUCGGACACGGGCGUCCUGUACGCGCUGCGCUCUUUCGACUAUGAGCAGGUCCGAGACCUGCAGCUGUGGGUUACCGCUAGCGACAGUGGGAACCCGCCGCUCAGCAGCAAUGUAUCACUGAGCCUGUUCGUCCUGGACCAGAAUGAUAAUGCGCCAGAGAUUCUGUACCCCGUCCUUCCUACGGACGGCUCCACUGGUGUGGAGCUGGCACCCCGCUCUGCAGAGCCCGGCUACCUGGUGACCAAAGUGGUAGCUGUGGACGGAGACUCAGGACAGAACGCCUGGCUGUCCUACCGCCUGCUCAAGGCCAGCGAACCGGGGCUUUUCGCGGUGGGGUUGCACACGGGCGAGGUGCGCACGGCGCGGGCUCUCCAGGACAGAGAUGCGCUCAAACAGACCCUCGUGGUGGCAGUCCAGGACCACGGCCAGCCUCCUCUCUUGGCCACUGUCACGCUCACUGUGGCGGUGGCCGACAGCAUCCCUGAUGUUCUGGCCGACCUGGAGAGCAUCAAGGUGCCCUCUGACCCUGAUGAUUCUGGCCUCACGCUGUACUUGGUGGUGGCUUUGGCCACAGUCUCCUGUGUGUUCCUCACCUUUGUCAUUGUGCUCUUGGCACUCAGACUAAAACAUUGGCACACAUCGCAUUUGUGGCAAGCUUCAGACAGCGGUUUGGCAGGCAUGCCCACCUCACACUUCGUUGGUGUGAACGAUGUGCGAGCGUUCCUACAGUCCUAUUCCCACGAGGUCUCCCUCACUGCGGGCUCGGGAAAGAGUCAUAUUAUCUUCCCGCAGCCCAACUACGCGGAUACUCUCAUUAGUGGAGAGAGUUGUGAGAAAAGCGAGCCUCUUCAUCUACCUGAACCGAAUAAUGCAAACACAGAAGAACCAGGAGUUUUUCAGGUUAGUUUCCUUUUUCAUGAGGAAUGA